AUGAAGACUGCCGCCUUUGCUCUCCUGGCUGCCGCCAGCGUUGAGCAGGUUGCUGCCACUCGUGACAGCCUCCUGAGCGCUCGUACUUUUGGUGCUACCGGCCGCUCCAUCUCUGGCAAGUGCACGGGCGACAAGAACACCACCCCUUGCAUCUCUGCCAGCGCUGGCAACGACCACUUCUCCGUCGAUACCUUCUCCGUCUCUGUCGAGUUUGAUACUCGCAUGGAGUUCCACUACGAGAUGCCCGACGGCUCUACCUGCAAGCACUCUGCUCAGUGCUCGUCCCAAGGAACCUCCGUCAAGAACACCCAGUGCGGUGGUGCCAAGAAGGUCUGGAUCGUCUACCCUGGCGGUGGUAACGGUGGCAAGAAGUCAACUUGCGGUACCAAGGUUCACCACAUCUCUUGGGACUGUGGCAACAACGCUCCCCCAUCCAAGCCCACUCAGCCUGUCUACACUCCUCCUGGCGGCGGCCACCACACCAAGCCUUCUUACUCUCAGCCUGUCUACACUCCUCCUGGCGGCGGUCACCACACCAAGUCUCACACCAAGCCUGGCUACACUCCUCCUGCUGGCGAGACCACCACUGCUCCCGUCGAUACCUACACUGCCCCUGCUGUGACCACCACUGCCCCCGGCGAGACCUACACUGCUCCCGCUGGCGAGACCACCACCGGCCCUGCUGGUGCUGAGACUACCACCGCCCCUGGCGAGACCUACACUGCUCCUGCUGGUGAGACUACCACCGGCCCUGCUGGUGCCGAGACCACCACUGCUCCCGGCGAGACCUACACUGCUCCCGCUGGUGAGACGACUACUGGCCCUGCCGGUGCUGAGACCACCACCGCUCCCGCUGGUGCUGAGACCACUACCGCUCCUGCUGGCGAGACCACCACCGCUCCCGCUGGUGCCGAGACUACCACUGCUCCCUAUGGCGGCGUUCCCACUAACACUGCCACCACUGAUGUUGUCGUGAGCACCUCUGUCAUCACUGCUCCUGGCGGCGAGACCACUGCCCCUGCUGGUGAGACUACCACUGGCCCUGCUGGCGCCGAGACCACCACUGCUCCUGCUGGCGAGACCACCACUGCUCCCGCUGGUGCUGAGACCACUACCGCCCCUGCUGGCGAGACCACCACUGCUCCCGCUGGCCAGACCUACCCUGUCCCUGGUGAGACCACCACUGCUCCCGCUGGUGCCGAGACUACUGCUCCUGCUACCACUGGUGGCUCUGACGCCGUCACCACCGGCCCUGGUGCUCCCUACACCACCGUCUACCAGACCACCUCGACCGUCUUCACCACCUCUGUCCACACCAUCACCAGCUGUGCUCCUGAGGUGACCAACUGCCCGGCCAGGACCGACAAGCCCGUCGUCACCACCGUCACCGUUGCCGUCAGCACCACCAUCUGCCCCGUCACUGCCACCAUCACCCCCGGUGUUCCUCUGCCCACUUCCGAGGCUGCUGCCCCUACCGGCUCCGGCUCCUCUCCUUCUGAGCCUCUUCCUUGCCCCGAUGUCCUGCCCAAGUGCAUCAACACCUGGCUGACUCUGGUCCCCAACUGCAAGGACAACACCGACGCCGCCUGCUACUGCCCCAGCAAGGACCUCGUCCAGCAGGUCUUCCAGUGCAUCUACUCCAACGGAAACAACGACGACGACGUCGCGGCCGCCAUCACCUUCUUCCAGGGUGUCUGCGCUGGCUAUGCCGGUUCCAACCCUGCCGUUGCCACUGGUGCUGCCCCCAUCACCUCCAUCAUCACCGUGACUGGCACUCCCUAUGCUGCUCCUUCUCAGUACACCACUGUUGUUGUUGAGACCACCGUCACUGAGCCUUGCGUCUCCGAGGGCACCACCGUCCCCGGCAGCAGCACCACCGUCUACGUCUCGACCGCCAUCACCGUCCCCCAGGUCAGCAUCACUGCUGCUCCCGUCACCGCUGUGCCCACCUACGUUGCUCCCGUUGAGACCGCUCCCGCUUCGGAGCCCACUCAGGUUGUUCCUCCUGUUGCCGCUCCUCCUGCCCCUAUCGGCACCGCCACUGGCACUGGAGCCUUCCCCGGCAGCACCGGCUUCCCCGUUGUUGGCGCUGCUGGCCGUGUUGGCGCUGGCAUGAGCCUGGGUCUCGCCGUCAUGGCCGCUGUCUUUGCUCUGUAA